CUCUGCUGGUCAACCACUGAAGAUCACUUCGGCCACAGUCAGGAGGAGUUAUCGCUGCGCUUAGACGUCCGUCAAUCACCAGAAGUCACAGUCGACACGCCCAGUCCUCACCCUCCAUCUUCACCAGUACCUCCUGCACAAGUCAGAGUAAAAGCCCCAGCGCCCAAGCUGUUCACGCCAAACAAGCUCACUUUCAACUCCUCCCCGUCAGGAGGCAACGCUAUGAACCUGUCAGACAUACCGACUUUUAAGCCCGGUGCCUUCCCUCCCAGUGCCUUCAACUAUGCACGGCCAAGACACUUUAUUCAGUCACAGUCAACCUUCCAGGCACCCAGCUAUGAAAGUGUGAUAAGGGAGGCUCAGGAGAACCAGGUUAAUUCCCAGGAGAGCCUAGAGAGUUCCAAGCAUAGUUCAAGUGUUGCUGAAGUCCAAAGUCAAACUAAAAUGAGGUCUUCACAUAGCCAGUCAGUGUCAAAGUCCUUGUCUCACACUCAAUCACAGUUUCAGUCACUGAGCCUGACGCAGAAUCAGACACAGCCCAAUGGGACAGGCAAGUCGUCCGCAUCCUCAUCCAGUGUCAGCUCGCCCAUUUCCACUGUUACGCUGCCUUCUUCUUUGCCACCCUCCUCUACGUCACGCGUGACCAUGCGCUCGACCAUAACCCUCACCCCCAGCACCCCAAGUGCCAGCGGUCUCGGCAGCGCCACUCUGCCAGCCAAUCAGGACGCCAUGUCGGCUCCCGCCGCCUACCUCUGCUCCGUGCUGCCCUCCCGGUCAUCUUUCUCCUCAUACUCAAAACUGUCCCCCAACUCCACCCUUCCCCGUUCCUCCACCUCCCCAUCCCGCUCACCACUAGCGCCUUCAAGCCCUCACCUCCCUAGAAAAGAAUCCUCUUGUCCUCAGCAGCUUCCUCCAUCGUCCCCUUCCUUCUCUCGCUCCAACCUCUCCCCAACCAUGUCCUCGCUCCCUCAGCCCAACACACCUAAUAGUCAGAACAGAGGGCCGCCUCCGGUGGUCUCUAUGCCCGCCAACUACAAGGGGACGCCUAGCACUCUUCCUAAGCCUGUCCUUAAGAAGACUGUAGUUUCUCGGCCGUCUUCCUCUCGCUCCACAGAUGAAGACAUCCAGGGUUCCAAAGAUGCUCUCAUCCAGGAUCUGGAAAAGAAGCUCCGAUCAAAAGAAGUGAAGAGAAGAAACAGCCAGAAACAUUCUUAUGAGGAGCGUAUGGCUCGAAGGCUGCUAGGUCCAGACAACGCCAACUGCAUGUUUGAUCAAGACAGUCUUUCAGACUCACAACUUGACCAGCCAGAUUCCCCAGAAGGAAGACACACUGGUGGGCUAUGGGGGAAGCACCACUGUGGGACAGAUGAGCGGGGGAAUGAGGGAUCAGCAAUACAGGAGAAAUGUUAUGCCCCUCGCUUCAUGCAGAUCCCUCAAGAUCUCACUGUUGAGGAGGGUCGCUUCUGUAGAAUUGACUUCAAGGUUGGAGGACUCCCUACACCAGAUGUCUGCUGGUACUUGGAUGGGAAAGCGAUACGUCCAGAUGACUACCAUAAGAUGCUCGUGUGUGAGAAAGGAAUGCACUCAUUCAUCAUCGAGAUUGUCACCGUGCACCAUGCCGGCGUGUACGAGUGUGUGGCCAGGAACCGUGCAGGAGAAAGCAGAUUUACCCUGAGGCUUGAUGUCAUGGCCCAGGAGGCUCUCCGCCCACCAACCUUUCUUCAAAAGAUGUCAAACUUGCGAGCUCUCGAAGGUGACACUGUGAGGUUAGAAUGUAAGGUGGAUGCGUCACCUCCUCCUCAACUCUUCUGGAAGAAAGAUAAAGAAAUGCUACGCACUGACCCAGCCAGAAUGAGCCUGUACCAAGAUGGCUCGGGCAGGCAGUGCCUGUUGAUAGAGAGGGUGACCAAGUCCGAUGCGGGGUGGUACACGCUUUCUGCUAUCAAUGAAGCUGGCAUGUCGACAUGCAACGCAAGACUGGAUAUAAGCUGCCGAGCAGUUCCACCCAUGAAAACAGCCCCCCCUGGCUCCCAAGCGUUGAAACUGCUGUCAUCUCUGAGCCACGUGCGCACCCUGGCAGCAGACACCCCCGGCCAGCACAGCGCCCCCAUAUAUGAGAGCGAGGAGCUGUAGAUCCUUUCAAAACACACAUGCACACCUCAGAACUGUCAAAGCACUGAUGCAGUAUUUUAGUUACCCCUACACUGCCCCAUCAAAAAAGUUAAUCUUCAGUCUUUAUGUUGUUCAUGUUGCUGCUGCAGUAUUCACUGUUUCGGGCCGAGGAGCUCAUGUUUGAUACGAACCUGUAAGCCUCGCAAACCUUCCUGGCGUCACUCAGCAAAAUGGUGAGCCAAGGUCACUUACUGUAGGUUUAUUAAUAGUUUGUGUAGGUCCUGGCGGGCAAACAGUUUACAAAGAAAACAUUUUCUCAUCAGUCAGCUUCAUAAAGAACAUCUUGUGUGGAUUGCCUGAAGAAAGCUUGGAAUAUUUAACCUCAGCCUUUUGUCAACUUUUAAGACAAUCACUGUCUGGAAUGUGAACAUUAGCCUCAAUCACUACAGUACCCAUAAUCCAACAUCUAUGUGACACAAUACUGCACUUUAGUAAUCUCCUCUCCUCCAAAAUCUCGUGUCGCUGUACACGAAAUUGAUAUUCAUUGCAUUUUUGUCAUGCAAUUGACUAACCAGCAGUGUGUCACUAUCGCCAUCAUUCAGCAUUUUGUUUUUAAAGUUGAUUCCUAAUAUUUAAUGGCUGUGAAUGAAGGCAUUUAUUUGAAUAUAUUGUGUUGCCUCUUGCCCUGCAAUCAGUCAAACAUUGAUACUCAUCCUUAACUAGAGCUAACAUUCACACCUUUUAAUACUUUUCCUUUUCCAAAUAUGAUUUAUAUAGUCAACAGAAUAUUACCUCCUGAUUUAAAACCAGGAAGUCCAGUAUAGGCUACAGUCUGUAGGAACAAUCAGUAGUGAGUGUUUCUGCACUCGAUAAUAAGCUUGUGGUUCACUCGAGUACCAAAAUGAGACAGUUUGCUGCAAUCUUACACGGCAGGUAGGAGUGUUUUCUCUUAACUUUGUUGUCAAUUGUUUAGCAUACCAGUGGAUG